CAUGUUCUAAGAACAGAUUUUACUUUUACUUUCCUUUUUUAAUGAAUACAAAAUCUACUACUAGCUUGAAAGUACUUCCUGGAUAUACCUUGAUUUCUGUGAAGGGACAACUUUAAAAUAAUCCAAUUCAAGUGGCAACUAAUACAUUUGGGAGGACCAUGUCAUCUGUUUGGAUAAUAUUGCUUCUACUAGUCAUGGUGUGUCCUGUCAUGUCUACAGGUAAUGGAUGUGUUCUUGGAAUGAUCAGAAGCUCUGUAACCAUUCCUUGUGAAUAUAGAAAUGAAGGAAUAUUGGAGAGGAAUAAUAUUGCAAUUGAAUGGAGGACAUCUGACAGCAUAGUACAUGGCUUUGUACAUGGAGAAGAUAAACUGGAAAAUCAAGCCUCACAGUAUAAAAACAGAACCAAGAUUUUCCAAUCUGAAGUGGAACAUGGCAACUUCUCUCUCAGACUGUCAGAUAUUACACCUGAAGAUGAGACAGACUAUAACUGCUUCUUUCAUAAGAAGGGUUUGUCUACAUCUAAACAUGCGGAUACAGUGUGUCUCAUUGCUGCAGGCCAUUAUACAGAGCCUUUUUUAAGUACAUCUCAUAGAGAGAAUAAUGAAGUAGAUUUCACCUGCACAUCCAGCAGUGGAUUUCCAAAGCCCAUAGUCCAUUGGUUCAUUAACAAGAAAGAUAUCUCUCCUGAAGCUGGCAGAGAACACACAACCCUUGACAAAGAUCCUUCUGAUGGAAGUUUCACUGUGACCUCUGUCUUGACUGUUAAUGUAACUCAGGACCUCACUGUGACCUGUGCCAUUGAAAAUGAAAGACUCGGUGAGACAAGAACUUCAGCUCCAUUAUACUGCCAUUAUACAGAGCCUUUUUUAAGUACAUCUCGUAGGGAGAAUAAUGAAGUAGAUUUCACCUGCACAUCCAGCAGUGGAUUUCCAGAGCCCAAAGUCCAUUGGUUCAUUAACAAGAAAGAGAUCCUUCCUGAAGCUGGCAGAGAACACACAACCCUUGACAAAGAUCACUGUUUCACUGUGACCUCUGUCUUGACUGUUAAUGUAACUCAGGACCUCACUGUGACCUGUGCCAUUGAAAAUGAAAGACUUGGUGAGACAAGAACUUCAGCUGCAUUAUACUACUAUAAACAAAAACCGGACAAUUCACAACCUAGCUCAAACACUGGAGUGAUCAUUGGGAUCUGUGUGGCAUUUACUAUUACUUUAGUAAUAGGGUUAGGGUUUCUGAUAUACAGACGUAAAAAAAUGCCUCGGAGACAACAACCACAGGAUGGACCUGAAGCCACCUACAGUGCUGUUUCUACUUCAUAAGUCUACUCUUUUGAUGAAGACUACACCAUUUGAAUACUUGACUUCAUAUUUUAGUUUUAGUGUAUUCAAUCAAAUGAAAAAUUGUGAAACUAUCUUUAUAUGCUCUAUUGAUACUUUUUUAAUAUUCUGUGUUGUAUAUUCUGUGUUUUUUAAUGGGUUAAUUUGCUUUUUUUAAAAACAAUUAAUCAAUAAUUUCUAUUGAAUUUGCUGGUUCAAUUUGUAAAUAUCCCUGUUAGGGUUUGUAAACACACUGCCGCUGUAUUGAAUGCUAUAUUGACUAUAUAUUUAGUGUUUUGGAAACUAAGAUGUUCACCAUAUUAUUGUAGUCCUGUGACAUUUUUCUUUCUACUUGAUUUUUUUUUUUUUAAUUUAGUCGUUGCCAAUUAUUUUUUAUUAUUUUCUCCCAAUUUGGAAUGGCCAAUUAUUUUGCAGCCAUCCAAGAGCUACAGCGUCGGAGGACAACGCAGCUCUCGGACAGCUUACAGGCAAGCCCGCAGACUCCCGACCAGACUACAGGGGUCGCUGGUGAGCGGUGAGCCGAGGACACCCUGGCCGACCUAAACCCUUUCCACCCCCUGGGAGUCGCUCGGCCAAUUGUGAGCCGCCCCCUGGAAGCUCCCGUCCACGGUCGGCUGUGGAAUAGCCUGGACUCGAACCGGCGACAUCCAGGCUACAGAGCGCAUCCUGCACUCCACGUGGAGCGCCUUUACCGGAUGCGCCACUCAGGAGCCCCCACUUCUACUUGAUUUUAUAGAUAAAUACUUUUUAUACGAUAAUUCAAGGUAACAGAUUGAGCAAUUAUAAUCUAGAGAUCUAGUCUGAAGCCACCCACUGAGUUUCUACUUCAAUUAGCUGAGAUUGUUCUACAUAAAAAUAUUUUUUUUAUUUGAAUGUGACUUCUGUAUUCAACUACAGGGUACUGCGAUGGGUUCCACUAUGGCACCUAAUUACGCCAAUUUAUAUAUGGGUCUUUUUGAAAAUGAACAUAUAUAUACAAAUAAUCCCUUUAUUGAUUGUGUAUGACAUUGGUACCGAUACAUUGAUAUUUUCUUUGUGUGGACUUUGUUCCAAAGACAAACUUUAUGAAUUUGUAGAAUGGUUAAAUAAUUUAAUAACAUCUUUAAAAUUUACAUGUAAUACUAAUCAAUGCUCAGUUGACUUCCUGGAUGUAACACUGAUAAAGAGUGGAGGAUCUUUGAAUACCACGAUAUACAGAAAAGCAACAGAUACAAAUGCUUUACUACAUGCCAAGAGUUUUCACCCAACUCAUUUAAAACGAGCACUUCCAUUAAGCCAAAUGUAUAGAGUACGUAGGAUCUGUAAUCAAGAAAAAGACCGUGAACAAGAAUUAUUAGACAUGAAUAACUGCUUUUUACAAUAAGGUUAUCCUGAUAAAUGGCUUAAUGAUGCACAAUCAAAGGUUCAAAGUAUCGAUAGGUCUGACCUUUUAAAACCUCGUAGUAAGCCUAAAAAGGCCUCUUCUGUAUUUUUCCCCUCUAUAUAUAAUCCUCAAAGUCAUGCUGUACAAGAGACUGCGUGUAAAUAUUGGAAUAUAUUAUCUACAGACAUAUGUUUGGGUUCUACAUUCAAAGAUCCUCCACUCUUUUCUUUUAAAAGGGAUAAAAAUAUAAAAGACGCUGUGGUUAAAGCAGAUCAUUUUGUUCCCCCUCCCCCUUCUUUAUUCCUCUUCCAGGAUGCUAUCCCUGUUUAGGCUGCACUCAGUGUAACACACUGUGUAAAACAGAUAGCUUUACACAUCCUUUAACAGCUAAAUGUUUUUCGAUCAAACAAAGGAUUACUUGUAUUACAUCUAAUAAAGUCUAUUAAUUUGUCCGUGUG